AUGUCUUCCGUUAGUGCGCUCGUAGCUAGACAAAUAUUUGAUUCUCGUGGUAAUCCUACCGUUGAGGUUGAUCUGACCACAUCCAAGGGGCUCUUCCGUGCUGCUGUACCUUCUGGUGCCUCCACGGGCAUACACGAGGCUUUGGAGCUGCGCGAUAACAUCAAGUCCGACUACAUGGGCAAAGGUGUGCUCAAGGCCAUUGAAAAUAUCAAUACCAUAAUUGCCCCCGCAUUAAUCCAAUCUAAGCUGUGUGUUUCUUCUCAAAAGGAGAUUGAUGCCUUUCUUAACCAGCUGGACGGAACAUCGAAAAAGACCAAGCUUGGAGCGAAUGCUAUUCUUGGCGUGUCUAUGGCCGUUGCUAGGGCUGGAGCUGCAGAGAACAACGUCCCUCUUUAUGAGCACAUUUCCAGAUUGUGUGGAAAUUCUGCAAACAGCCAGCUGACCAUCCCAUUGCCAUCCUUCAAUGUCAUUAACGGCGGUGCGCAUGCCUCCUCCUCCCUUGCAUUCCAAGAGUUUAUGAUUAUGCCAACCGGUGCAAAGUCCUUUGCCGAAGCGAUGAAAAUUGGUACAGAGGUUUACCACCAUUUGAAAAAAAUCCUCCACGACAAAUACCAUCAGGAAAUCCAAGUUGGCGAUGAAGGUGGCUUUGCACCUACAUUUUUCGAGACGCCAUCUCAAGCGCUUUCCGUUAUCACAGAGGCCAUUGAUGCGUCUGGAUAUUCUGGAAAGAUCCACCUUGCCAUGGAUGUUGCGGCCUCCGAGUUCUGCAUCAUGGAAGAUGGCCGUCCUCGCGUUUACGAUUUGGAUAUUAAAAAACCCAACAUGGCCUUGGAGUCUCACCGCCGCCUCUCCGCAGCCGGAUUGGCCGACGAAUAUAUGUCGCUCAAAAAGCAGUUUCCCAAUCUCAUUUCAAUUGAAGAUCCAUUCGAACAAGAUGAUUGGGAGGGCUGGUGCAUGCUGACCAAAUCGCUUUCUUCGAUCCAAAUCGUUGGUGACGAUCUCACCGUGACCAAUUCGGAACGUAUCAACGAGGCUGUCGAGAAGCAUGCGUGCUCUGCUCUUCUUUUGAAAGUCAAUCAAAUCGGCUCUGUCACGGAAGCCAUUGAUGCCGCUAUGCUUGUCAAGAAAUUUGGCUGGGGAUUGAUGGUCUCCCAUCGUUCCGGGGAAACCUGUGAUACCUUCAUUGCCGACCUUGCUGUUGGUCUUAAUGCUAGCCAGAUUAAAUCUGGUGCGCCAUGCCGCUCGGAGCGUACCGAAAAGUACAAUCAGCUUUUGCGCAUCGAGCAAGAGCUUGGAUCAAAGUGCAGAUAUGCCGGCUAUCCUUCUAACAUUCAAGCGUAA